AUGAUGGAGGUGAACAGGACCUGUCUUGACUGCUGGACACCUGGAACAGAUGGUACAGAGAGAGAGGAACAAGCCUCACCUGGGCUGACCACUGCACUGGCUGUUGUCCUCAUCUUCACCAUCAUUGUGGACAUCUUGGGCAAUGUACUGGUCAUACUGUCAGUCCUCAGGAACAAAAAGCUCCGGAAUGCUGGCAACAUGUUUGUCGUCAGUCUAUCUGUUGCAGAUCUGGUGGUAGCAGUAUACCCAUAUCCAGUUAUUCUCAUAGCUAUUUUCCAUAAUGGAUGGACGCUGGGAAAUAUCCAUUGCCAAAUCAGUGGCUUUCUGAUGGGACUGAGUGUCAUAGGUUCUGUUUUCAAUAUUACAGCCAUAGCCAUUAACAGGUAUUGCUACAUCUGCCAUAGCCUGCGGUAUGACAAGGUUUACAACCAGAAAAGCAUAUUUUGUUAUCUGUGUCUAACUUGGGUAUUGACUGUUAUCGCAAUUGUGCCAAACUUUUUUGUUGGAUCUCUCCAAUAUGACCCACGGAUUUUCUCGUGCACUUUUGCCCAGACUGCCAGCUCUUCGUACACAAUUACAGUAGUUGUGGUGCAUUUUAUUGUCCCGUUGGCUGUAGUAACAUUCUGCUACUUCAGGAUAUGGGUCUUGGUUAUUCAAGUGAAGCACAGAGUAAGACAAGACUCCAAGCAGAAGCUGACAUCGGCAGAUUUCCGGAACUUUUUGACUAUGUUUGUUGUUUUCGUGCUUUUUGCUGUGUGCUGGGGACCUCUCAACUUUAUUGGCCUUGCUGUAGCCAUUAAUCCUUUUCAGGUGGCACCGAAGAUCCCAAAAUGGCUAUUUGUGUUGAGUUACUUUAUGGCUUACUUUAACAGUUGCCUCAAUGCAGUCAUCUAUGGUCUUCUUAAUCAAAAUUUUCGCAAAGAGUAUAAAAGAAUACUACUGGCCUUGUGGACUCCAAGACUUCUGUUUGUUGACACAUCAAAAGGUGGGACGGAUGGAGUUAAAAGCAAGCCGUCUCCAGUGGUUACAAAUAACAAUCAGGUUGACGUGUAUGUUUAA